GCUCAGAGCCUGGGCGGGCGGAGGCGGCGCCGCCCAGUGGGAUACGGACUGGAAGCCUCUCGAGCGCUGCUUUCAGCCGAGGGGCGGCCGGCGAGUCCCCGCGCGAGCGGAGGGUGCCAGAGGCAGGGGCCAAGAAACAAAGUUCCCGGGGCUCCCUCCGGGGCCGCUGUCUGGGCUGCCCGUUUGGCCGCCCCCCUGCUCGCGAAGGCCAUGGCUUCCAAACUCCUGCGCGCGGUCAUCCUCGGGCCGCCCGGCUCGGGCAAGGGCACCGUGUGCCAGAGGAUCGCCCAGAACUUUGGCCUCCAGCAUCUCUCCAGCGGCCACUUCUUGCGGGAGAACAUCAAGGCCAACACGGAAGUUGGUGAUAUGGCAAAGCAGUACAUAGAGAAAGGUCUUUUGGUUCCAGAUCAUGUGAUCACACGCCUAAUGCUGUCGGAGCUGGAGAACAGGCGCGGCCAGCACUGGUUACUAGAUGGUUUUCCUAGGACAUUAGUACAGGCUGAAUCCCUGGACAAAAUCUGUGAGCUGGAUCUAGUGAUCAGUUUGAACAUUCCAUUUGAAACACUUAAAGAUCGUCUCAGCCGACGUUGGAUUCACCCUCCUAGUGGAAGGGUAUAUAACCUGGACUUCAAUCCACCUCACGUACAUGGGGUUGAUGACAUCACUGGUGAACCAUUAGUACAGCAGGAGGAUGAUAAACCUGAAGCAGUCGCCGUCAGGCUAAGACAGUACAAGGACGUGGCAAAGCCAGUCAUUGAAUUAUACAAGAGCCGAGGAGUGCUCCACCAAUUUUCUGGGACGGAGACUAACAAAAUUUGGCCCUAUGUUUACACGCUUUUUUCAAACAAGAUCACACCUAUUCAGUCCAAAGAAGCAUACUGAGCCUGCCAAUGGAAGAACCAGGAAGAUGUGGCCAUUCAUUUAAUUGUGUGUGUAGUAUUGGUGCCAUGUCCAAAUUAGAAGCUAGCCGAGAUAGCUUGCAGCAUCUUUUCUAGUUUAAAUGGUUAACUGAUAGGAAAACUAAAAAGAGAAAGAGUUCAUGAAGAGGCCCUCUGCCUUUUAUAAGAGGGUUACCUAUACAUGUGUAAGGUAUCUCUGCACAUGUCUCAAGCUCUUCACAAGAAAGCAAGCACAGGCUGGAUUUCAAACAGUGUAUGACCUAAGCUCUAGCUGAUUUUUGACAGCCAUGUUGUUGUUUAGUAGUCUUUUUACAGAUGAUGGUGGUAGUCUCUGGUUCUCCCUACCUGCCCAAAGGGUGUUGAACCAUAGCACCAUUAAGCCUAUGAAUGCCAAAGGGUCCAGCCUGGGCUUUGUGCUAGGUUCUCUAGUGUGUGCUCCCCUGGUAACAAUGGAAUUAAAGCUAAUUGCUCUCAGUGGUUGCUUUUCUGGUCUUGAGUGACUGUGUCCACAAUUCAUUUUUUUCUGGUAGGAGUGACUCAUCCUUUUCUGAAUCCAUGUUCCAUAGAAUCUCUCCUUUUUAUACAUCCUGGGACGAAAGUAUUUGGCUUCUACUUUUUUUUUUUUUUAGACUAUUUUUUUUAAACGUCUGUUUUCUCUCUUCCUAGGCUAUUAAAUAAUACAGAUUGUUAUUGCAUUUUUCCCUCUCAAAUUCUUCUUUCUAAGAACUGAGAGCUAGGGGACUAUGUUGAAUCUCUUCAUACACUGGGAACUGAGCUAUGUGGAGGGUCUUAACUUAAACUGCUGGUCUGAUUCUCAUGGGUUGACAUUGCUUCUUUCAUUGUGAAAAAAUUAAACCCCCAAAAGUCUCUUGGGAUCCUCCAAAAAAAAAAAAAAAGUAAAAGAAAAAGAUCUACCUACAUAAAUGUUGAAAGAUCAUAUCUUAUAUAUAUGGAAGUAAUAAGACCAUAUGGAAUUACUGGACUUAUAGAAUAAGUAGUUAAGCUUUUUAUUCAAGACAGCAAAAUGUGUUUUGAAGAUGCUGCUAAAUAUUGAUGUUGCCAGUGUUUUUCUCCUGUGAGUGACCCAAGGAUAUUAUGAAUAGGUGGUAAAGGGAAUGGAGCCAGUGGGGUUGAGGAGAAUAUCGCACUAGCUGUGCCUAGAGUGAGUGACAGCUUUACAAUUAUGGGAAAACAAAUUCUUUAUUUUUUUUCCCUAUUCCAAAGAUGCAUUCUAUGGGGUGGCCAUAAAGUCUAGAAAUAUAGAUGCUAAUAUUUUGUCAUUCAUUGUAAUGUAAUAUCAAUAAACCAUUUGUUAAAAGAUUUGCCUGGUUUCCAGACUUGGUGGCCAUCUUAGAUAAUUCUUGCUCUCCUCUGGGAAGGACAAUGAAAUUUAUUCCUGCUGCCUUAAAAGUAUGUAUCCCUUCUUCAUGCAUCUUGACUGUCCCCAGGGAACAUCCUUUACUAUUCCUGGGUUCUGUCUAAUUCUUCAUACUGGUGAGAGAAAGAAAAAAAAAAGUCUAUUUCCAUACUUUCAGUGGUGUUGAAACAUUUCUUUCUGAAGAUAUCCCAGCGAAUCCCCAGUCAAUUCACUGCCAUAUAUAUUCUGUACACUAAUGAGCGCAUCUUCCUUAUAAAUACUGCCCAAACUCUUGCCAGUUCCUCUCCCCUUGUUCCUUCAUGUGAAUGUUCUUUGGCUACCUUAGUGGAAAUAUAGACCAAUCUCCUUUUCAUCUUCUCAAUCACAGUGAAAUAAGAUUGUUUACUUUAGGUUUAUGCAAUGAAAACGCCCAGUUCAGGUCUAUGAAAUGUCGGUUAUUUUAUUGACACUGAGCACUUUAGAAGAGUUGCAUUUGAAUGCCAGCUCAUGGGGACAGGGUGAAAAUCAGACAUAUAGAUUAAGUUUCUGGGAAGCCAGGUAUAGAGAAAAACAAGUCUGAUAUGAGGAAAAUUGCACAAUUUAGAGUAGUACUGCAUGGAGACGAUUGCAAACUAGGAAAAGUAGAAUUAAAGUUAAUAUGUGUAUAAUUCAAAAGAGGAAAGUGUACUUUUUCAGAAGCAGAAAAAUCUUCAGAUUUCUUUCUUUACUUCCCAUUGUGUUUAGCAGACCCUCCAAUGUAGUCAUUGCCUUUGGAGUUUUGGGAAGAUGUAUGGGAAAUGGCUUGAUCCUGAUUUCACACACUACUUCUCCAUCCGUCCUUUCCCCCCUCUUCCCUUCCAGCUAAAUAGACAGUUGUAGCUAACACUGAGUCACUCAGUAAGUUUCAACAGUGUUUGCUGUUGCUGAGAUUGCCCAGCAACCGAGGGUCAUUUUGCUAGGUGAGACCAGUAAGAGACGAACAUCUUUUCCAUGGCCCUUGAAAGAUGAUGCUUGUUUCAUGUUUAGUGGCCUAAAAUUCUGAUUUUUUUCAACAAACUCUCUAGUUUUCCCUUAAAUGAUUGUGUAGAAAUUAAAGUUAUCUUGAAAAUGUUUUGACAAAAGUAAAAUUAAAGGGACGUCUUUUCUUGGUUUUCCUUCUACUGCCACAUGUGAAAAGUUCUUUCACUUUUAAGCACAGAGAAUUAUUUGGGUGGUCUGUAAAAUUCUGACCUGACCUCACAUUCAGUGAUUCUACCCGGUUCUUAAUUUAGUUUGUUUUUCUUUAUCCUAACAGGCUUCUGACUUAGAACUCGGAAAUGCUGCCAUGUUCAAUAUGCUCUAACACUAAGGUGAACUAUGAUAGGUACCAUUUAUUGAAGGCCUGCUGAGUGAAAUGUGCAGUUUUAGGACUUUUACAAAUGUCUCAAUUGAUCUUUCUAGCAUCCUAUGAGAUAGGCAUGAUCCCACAUCUAUAAACAAAGGGGACAGGGGUCAGGGAUGUGAAGUGUCUUGCCCAGGCUUCUGCUGUCAGUGAACAGUGUAGCUGGGAAUCAGACCGGUGUUUUCCUGACUUCAAAGACUGAGUUUGUUCCUGGAUGUUAAAUACCUGUGUCCUGUCCCAAGCAACCCUUGGCCCUGAGCCUGCUUUGUUCUGCAUGUGGCCUCACAUCAAGAAUAGCAGAGUUCACUAAAGGGAUGUUCACCUCUGUAUGAGACUGUUCCUCCCCCCCCCUUUGCUUAAGCAAAGGAAGCUGCUAAAGGAGAGUCUGAGCCCUUCAUCCUUCUCCCUAAUUCCUCAUUUAUACAUAGGCUACAAGGCUGUUGAAGUAGGCUGGGCUUGGGUCCAGGCUAAUCUGUGGAGGAGGCAAGCUCAUGUUGCAAUUUGCUCAUGUACUUUUUUGGUGUCCAUUUUGUUGUGCCCCUGACGGAGCCUUUACCCUUGAGCCAUCCCCAGCCAUGGCACUCACACAUAGGCCUGGUCUCCUUAGAGCUAUCCAGACACUACUCACUUUUCUUCCCUGAGAUCAGAACAAAUUACUCCCUCCCUCCCACCCUACACAAGGUCUUGAUGAUAAACUAAUUCUUCUGAAAGUGGUAAUAGAUGAACAAAUGGUGAUUGAGCAUCUAACCGAAAGUAACCCUUGGCUUUGUACCAUUGUCCCUAUGUUACAUUACGCAUUAACGUGAUUCUAUUGCCAAAUUCAAACCUUUGCCUGCCAUAUGCUUGUCAUGCAACAAUUGUGGCUGUAGCCAGGAAUAUUCACUUCCUGUCUUGUUCUCCUUCCCCAGGAAUCACUCCCCUACCACCCUCCAGCAGCCAAGGUCAGAUGAGCUCUAGUAUUACCCAAGGUGUGCUUGUCUCUUUGGUAGGGAAGGAAAAAAGUAAGAAUAGCCAUGGGUAUGUUAGGAUUCUUAGAGAGGGGUACUGCUGUGACUUUUCUUGCAAUUUAAAAUUUGAGACAAGGUGAUUUUAGAGAGAUGUUUGCCCAAACCCAUAUUUAGAGCUUUUAUAAAAUUUAGUUCACUGGAACCUGAGUUCAAUAUUUGACUUUAGCUAUUUGUCUGAAGAGUUCAAGCCUGCUGGAAGUCUUUGCUCAAAUCAUAAAGACAGCAUAUUUCCAAAUGUGUUAAGGUUUAGGUCUUCUUAGUAGUUAGUUUAUUUACUCAUGCUAAGCGCAUUACAUGCAUUGUCUAAUGUUUGAUUAAGUCCUCAAUAAUUACCUUGUAUAAUAGGUAUUAUCUCAGUUAUUUUUCUCCUUGUAUUUAACAACUGAAAUCUGUUUUUUAAAAGGUGUUUUCAUGUACCUGUAGGGAUUAAUCAGGGCAUUCAGAAGGGCCUAUUUUGUACCUUUUCCUAGUUUUAGCUUCCCAUUCUUGUUAAUAGGUAAAACAAUAUAUUUGCUCCAGCCUGGCAUCUUUGCUUUUGGCAUUCUGGUGCUGAGACAGGGAAUGGGUGCUCAGUGUGUCAUGGUGUAGCUGCACAGUGUACAUACAGAGGCAUAUGGCUCACCUGUACUCUGCUGGACUAUAGGAUUUCAGGAGGCAUUUGUGUCCACCUGAUGGGUUUCAUUUAUUACCUUUCAUUGAACAGUCUUUUCUUUCUGCAUUCGAUUUUGCCAGAGUCAAUUCAUAAGGUAAAGUCCUGUUCAUAGUAUGAAUUCCUUUCUCACUGCCUGCUUCCAUUUUUAGCAACUCCCUGGUCUAUUUGGUGUCUCGAAAGAAGAACCCAGUAAUGGAGACUUCUUUUAAUAUGGGAAGGUGACCUGGUCAUAAGUCGUCAUUCCAUUCUAUAUAUAACUGAUCCAGUCUGGUUUCCGGAUGAGAAGCGUGCAAGACCCAGAUGCUGGGAAACCAUGAAGUUGUAUUUCAAUUAUGAAGAAAAAAAAAAAUCUUUCUGCAUCUGUUGAGACAUAAUAUACUUAAAAUUGUUCAUAAACACCAUACCUUAUCUUUCUUGUAACAAAUUGCACAAUUCUUGCCAGAAUAAAUGUCAUUAUCUGUAUACUUCAGGGAAUUUUCCAAUUUGAUCAUUUUGUAUGUGCAUGGUGUGUGUGAGAGAUUGUAAAAUAUUUCGAAAAGGAUGAAAGCUCUCAUAUGGCAUUAUUCCUCUGUAAUAAUUAGGCUAAUCUAGGAAGCAUGUUAUCAUUCUUUAAGUAAAAGAUUUCCUGUUUGGAGUAGACCAUCUUGAAGAUUCUCCCUGGGAUUGGUGUGAGUCUCAUACAUGUUAUAAAAACCUUUCUUUUCCUCAUUUUAAAGGUUUGGCUAUAAAGUCAGAAAUGUACUAAAUAGAAACAAACUAAUUUGUAUUUAAUUUAGAGAAAGUAAAGGGAAGAAAAAUAAAAACUUAGUCUUUAUGUAAGCUCCAAGGAUAUUAGGACUUAGAGGGCUUUUCUAGUUUUAUGAGAAUUUGUACUACUGAUUUUUAUAUAUUAAUUGUUUUUGAGAUGAACAGAUCUCUGGGGAAAUUGUUGAGUUACAAUGGCAUUUCACUGUGAUCCCUCUGAAGUUCAUAUCAGUUUUCUAACCCAAUGACAACCUGUCUCUAGUUUACUGUCCUGUGAAAUGUCAACUCGUUUCCCAGAAGCCAUGUGUUUACGAUGAGUCAGAAUGCUUUUCCUCAGUGUGACAGUUGUCGGCCCUCUUGAUUUUGGUGUAUGUACUUAAUUCAAAGUAUCUAAACCUGUAGUCUCAUCUGUAUAUGCUAUCCUAACUGUUAACUGUAUUAUUGAUGAUUUUGAUUAUCUUGCUUGAAGAUUGAUUCAUACUUUUCAGUUUGAUAGAAAUAAAGUUUUUUUCCUGCUUACAA